UGGUAGAAUUGAGGCUUUAGCAAAUAAUCGCUCUGCUCCUACUCUGCUCUUUGAUCUAUUGAUUUUUUGCUUCAUUAAAUAGUUAUUUUUGUUGCAGUAGAAAUAUUCAGUUAUUUAAUUUUUCUUCUAAACAACGUUCAUGGCCUUCGUCAACAUUAAAUCGACAAGUGUCAAAUGUUGAAUCAUCCAUAUCCGGUACAAUAAUAAAUGAUAAUAGUGAAAAUUAUAAAUCCUAUCAGCGUUCAUUAUCAGUAGAUGAUUCAACAGUAGAUGAUUUAUUACUAAGAAAAAAUCGUGCAGUUAGUGUUGAACCAACUUUAAAUCGUGGUAAUAAUGAUAUUAAAAUUAAAAAUGGACAUAAUCAUCAUUAUCUUCAUCAUCAACGAUCGUCGCCGAAUGGAUCA